AUGAAGAUUAUUGUUCAGAUUGCUGGAACAACGGCAGGAAUCACUACAUUAGAACCUAAGCCGGUCUUCACCCAGGAGUAUUUCACUCUUCCACCAGAUGGCGAGAACUGCACAGUUUACCCGGCCAUUGUUGACACUGACGUGUAUGUGAUCCCUCAGCAGUCUCGUCAGGAUAACCAAUUCAUUCAUGGAGAUAGCUUUCUUCUCUAUUGCAAUGACACCAUCUCUACUCCUAUGAUCUGGUUCACAUUCUGCUGGGAUUCAAGAUGGUAUCCUGAUCCAGCUCAACGGUUCUGCUACAAGACAUGCAAUGCUCCAUCUGUAUCUAGCAACGUUCUUCAUACUCGCAGUGAUACGGGUGAGACUUCGUACACAUACUACCUUCACGGGAACACCAUCGAUUUUAGUUGCACUGCACCAGAUAGAUCGACUCUGAUCGGACCAACUUCGUCGAUGUGCAGAGAUGGAACCUGGGAUCCUGCAUCUGUUCCAACCUGUGACGUUAUAACCUCCAUGGAAAGUACCACCGAUAUGACUGAGCAGUUAGUUAGUGAAACACCGAACCCAUCUUCGUGGGCUACAUCAGUGCCAACAAAAAGCGGAUCCGACGCAACAUCUGCAAGCGUCAGUGAGACCGUAUCUACCUUAGAUAACGUGUCCCACAUGACAUCAGUCCGUCGCACCAAGCAGACCGAAGGACUCACGACACUAGCCCAAACACCUGUACAAACUGAAUCUGAUCAAACAGAUCAACCGACAUCAGCUACAGAUGGGGAUGACGUCACAAUUGGUACCUUGAUGACAACUGUAUACGGCGCGUCCACCCUAGACACUGAAACUACGGCAAUGACGUCACAUACCAUUCGAAGUGAUACAGUAACAGAGACCAAACCAACUACAUUUACCUUUUUAUCGUACAAACCGACAGAAUAUCUAACUUCAGUAAAUGUAAACCCUACGAUUGCAACACGAAUCACCACGAACGACCCUAUGACGACAGCAAGGUAUUUGUCUGAUCUCUAUAGCACAUUGGAUUCGACAAGUAAACCAGCAGAGCCUGACAAAAAGACUACGUUGACGUCCAAGCUUGAGACUUCUACGACAAAUCCAUUGACAACUGAGACUAAAGAGCCUGGAUGUGUGUUACCAGCUGACUUCGACCCUGAUAUCACGCUAAGUUUGACGAAGGAUCGCUAUGACGUCAGUGACUUUAUCAUCAUGUAUUGUCCUCCUCCACCUUACACGACUGUGGGUGGGAUAUUCUCUCAAUGUACGGAGAUAGGUUGGCUGCCUGACAUAUCUGACAAGGCAUGCUACGACCCAGUUUGUACUCUCCCUACCGACUUGGACCCUGAUAUCAUUGUAAACCCAUUGAAAGACGACUACAUCCUGGAUGAUUUCAUCUUACUAUACUGCCCUCCCAUACCGUACGCUACUAGAGGGACGGCCUUCUCUCUCUGCAUCGAUGGGAAGUGGGACCCAAAUAUAUCUGACAACGCUUGUUACGCCCCGUGUGACCCGCCUGCUGUUUCUGUACCAGUUACAUACACCCUAUCGACGGGACUGUACCGGUCAGAAAGGUACACUCAUGACUCUGUGUUAGAGUUCACCUGUAGCAGUGGGUUACUGGAUGGACCCGCUGGCCUGGCUUGCAUUGAUGGAUCAUGGAAUCCCGAUGUAUUACCUACCUGUCCAGUGUCUGAGACCCUAUUUCCAGCUUCUACACUCGAACCUCAACCUGUGUUUACCCAAGAAUACUUUACACUUCCACCGGACGGACAAAAUUGCACGACUUAUCCUACGAUCCUGGAUGAUGAUAUUCAUGUGAUCCCUCAGCAGUCUCGUCUUGAUAACCAAUUCAUUCAUGGAGAUAGCUUUCUUCUAUACUGCAAUGAAACCAUCUCUACCCCUAUGAUCUGGUUCACAUUCUGCUGGGAUUCUAGAUGGUAUCCUGAUCCAGCUCAACGGUUCUGCUACAAGACAUGCAAUGCUCCAUCUGUACCUAGCAACGUUCUACAUACUCGUAGUGAUACGGGAGAGACUUCGGACACAUACUACCUUCACGGGAACACCAUCGAUUUUAGUUGCACUGCACCAGAUCGAUCGACUCUGAUCGGACCAACUUCGUCGAUGUGCAGAGAUGGGACCUGGGAUCCUGCAUCUGUUCCAACCUGUGAAGUUUCAUCUACGACAGGCAGUUUCUUGACUACUCCCCUAUUAACCAAUGUUCCAGUUAUAACCUCCAUGGACAGUACCACUGAUAUGACUCAGCCGUUGGGAAGUGAAACACCGAACCCAUCUUCUGAACGAUACACUUCACCAUCCGUCACAGAUUCAUCCAGUAUGCCCAGGACGCAAAUGGUCAUCACUUCGAACGCCACACCCAUGUCACCGAAGACGAAUCCAUCAACGUGGGUUACAUCAGUGCCAACAGAGAGUGGAACCGACGCAACAUCUGCAAACGUGAGAGAGACCGUGUCUACCUUAGAUUACGUGUCCCAUAUGACAUCAGUCCGUCGCACCAAUCAGACCGAAGGACUCACGACAAUAGCCCCAACACCUGUACAAACUGAAUCUGAUCAAACAGAUCAACCGACAUCAGCUACAGCUAGUGAUGGCAUCACUUUUGGUACCUCGGUCACAACGGUGUAUGAUGCGUCCACCCUAGCCACUGAAACCACGACGAUGACGUCACCUACCACUCGAAGUGAUACCGUGAAAGAAACCCAACCCCCAAUAUUUACUUCUAUACAGUACAAACCGACAGAAUAUACAACUUCAGUUUAUGUAAGAAAGACUACGCUGCUGACAUCCGAGCUUGAAACUUCUACGAUAAAUCCAUUGACAACUGAGGACCAAGAAACGUCCUCAACAGCGCCAUUUGUGUCCCCGGCUCAAACAUCGACUAAUGGACGUACAGGUGGAACUGAAUCAUUGACAACCAAUCAGCAACCAUCGAUUACUUCCGAUGAAUCAGCAACCAAUCAGCAACCAUCGAUUACCUCCGAUGAAUCAGCAACCAAUCAGCAACCAUCGAUUACCUCCGAUGAAUCAGCAACCAAUCAGCAACCCUCGAUUACCUCCGAUGAAUCAGCAACCAAUCAGCAACCAUCGAUUACCUCCGAUGAACCUAUCCCCCAUUUAACGGUUGACCACUCUACUACUACCACGGAUACCAAUACAGAUCACACAUUAGACGGUUUGACUUCUAAGCAGGUAUCAUUUAUGCCAUCUUCUGGGACUAGUGAUAUGAUUUCAACAAGUUAUUUUGAAGCAUAUUCAACCGGACCAUUUGUAACUGAUGAUACUCAAACGAAUCCUGUUUCGACAGAACAAACAGGUACAAACGAUAUUUCGACAAAAUCAUUGCCUACAUCGACAGCUGCUACAACAGCUUUGGACAGUUUCACGACACCAUUUAUAUCUUCCGAGUCAACAUUGGAACAGCAAACGAUCGAGCCGACGAAAAGCUUGACAACGCAAACAAGCCAUUCCACGACGACAACUGCUAACCCGUCUAGUGCUCCUACUAUUGGAAAUACAGUCGAUGGAGCAACGGACCAACCGAAAGUGACUUCAGAAACUGAAGCUGCUACCCAGAAAACAACUUAUAUGCUUCGCACAACGGAAAAGGGAAUUGCAGAAGGUACUACGAAAACACCUGCUGAAGCGACUGAACAGUCAACUACAGCAAAGAGAGUCACAACGAGUCAACAAGAGACUACCCAAGGGACAGGACAUCCCGGCGAUAACCAAAAUUAG